AUGCUCGGUUGCGACGGGGCCUUGGAGGCGUCGAGAUUAACAAGUUCUGGUCAUGGAUCUGAUGAUAUUGUCUUCGUCGACUGUUCUGGAUCAGAAGAGAGUCUUGUAGGCUGUUACGAUGUAUCUGAUGCUACGAGUUAUUGUGAACACAAAUGGGAUGCAGGUGUCAUCUGCUACUCAGGAGUUCGUCUCGUUAGUGGAUCUACCAAUACUGAAGGCAGAGUAGAGGUCUUUUACAACGGAUCUUGGGGUACUGUAUGUGAUGACUGGUGGGAUCUGUUAGACGCCAGGGUGGUUUGCAGGAUGCUUGGGUUUGAUGGAUCCUUGGAAGCACCGAGAUCUGCUAGGUUUAGUCAGGGUUCCGGGCAAAUCCUUCUGACUCAGGUUACAUGUUAUGGAACUGAAGACAACCUAGCAGACUGUAUUCAUCGAGGGGUUGGAGACUGGAGUUACUGCGGUCAUGGCAGGGAUGCAGGCGCCGUCUGUUACUCAGAAGGAUUCUCGAACGCCUUUCUUUCCAUAUACUCAGAUCCCUUUCAAGUUCGUCUUAUUGGUGGAUAUAACGAUACUGAGGGCAGAGUAGAGGUUUAUUACAAUGGAUCCUGGGGAACUAUCUGUGAUCAUGACUGGGAUCUCAGAGACGCCAGGGUGGUUUGUAGGAUGCUGGGGUACGAUGGAGCCUUGGAAGCAGCGAGAUCUGCUCGGUUUGGUCAAGGAUCUGGUCGAGUCCUUCUAACUUGGGUCGGAUGCGAUGGAACAGAGGACAACCUAGCUGACUGCUAUCAUCGAGGGGUCGGAGAUUGGAGUUACUGCGGUCAUGGCAGGGAUGCAGGUGCCGUCUGUUACUCAGGAGCAAAUCCACACCCAUUACAAGUUCGCCUUGCCGGUGGGUCUACCGAUGUUGAAGGCAGAGUAGAAGUCAUGCAUGAUGGAUCCUGGUGUACUGUUUGUGAUAUGAACUGGGAUCUCAGAGACGCCAGGGUGGUUUGUAGGAUGCUGGGGUUUGAUGGAGCCUUGGAAGCAGCGAGAUCUCCUCGGUUUGGUCAAGGAUCUGGUCGAAUCCUUCUAACUUUGGUCGGAUGCGAUGGAACAGAGGACAACCUAGCUGACUGCUAUCAUCGAGGGUUCGGAGAUUGGAGUUACUGCGGUCAUGACAGGGAUGCAGGUGCCGUCUGUUACUCAGGAGCAAAUCCACACCCAUUACAAGUUCGCCUUGCCGGUGGGUCUACCGAUGUUGAAGGCAGAGUAGAAGUCAUGCAUGAUGGAUCCUGGGGUACUGUUUGUGAUAUGAACUGGGAUGUCAGAGACGCUAGGGUGGUUUGUAGGAUGUUGGGGUUUGAUGGAGCCUUGGAGGCACCGAGAUACGCUAGGUUUGACCAAGGUUCCGGUCGAGUUCUGCUAAAGUAUGUCAACUGUAUAGGAACUGAAGAUAACCUUGCAGACUGUGCUCACGCAGGGAUCGGGCGGUACUCAUGUAGUCAUGCAAAAGAUGCAGGAGCCAUUUGUUAUUCCGAAGGUCAUGAAGAAGGAACACAUACCUCCGAUGUGGCAGAAAAUGGCAACAUAACUGUUAAGGAUAAAGCUCACAAGUACAUGGACAUGAAUAUUGUGUAUCAAAAGCCUGCAUAUGGCUCAGGCGUAGAUGUUGACGGUUACCUUCUUUCCGAUAUCACGUCAGCAAACACUGACCAAGAUAUUGAAGGGUAUCUUCUCCCAAGCUUUACAUCCACCAAACGUUAA